ACAUAGGGUCCUAUUUAAGAGAAUAAUAGUGACCAUCAUCAAAUAUUCAAUUACCUCUUAACUGUUAUUGACCGUAUGUGAGCUUCUUGCAACUUUAUCGUUUUACCUUAAGACCCAAUUAUAACCAUAUGCCCCUGGGCCAAUGCAAUCAGCAUGGUAAUCGCAGGAAUUCUCUUGGUAAUCUUUAUCCUUCUUGCAGUUAUUAUAGAGACAAAUUGGACAAGAACCUCAGAGCCUUCUGCUCCAACUCCUGCUCCUGCUCCUGCUCCUGCUCCUGCUCCUGCUCUACGAGUAUGCACUGCACAGGCUCCUCGACAAGAACUUUCGCCUAUUCAGCCACCCCCCAGUCAAUGGAAGACAGCUAGCAUUGAUAGAAUGGCGAAAUUGCUAAGCAAGAUCAAAAACGAAUUCGGUAAAUACACCAUACGAAAAUGGCCCCAGGACCAUUGGAAACGGGGCCGUGGCUCCUCAGAUGCAGAUAUAAUAUCUUUAAUUCAAGCCCUCGACGUAACUUCUUUUCCACGUGACUAUUUCGCCUUCCUUCAACUCAACUAUUCGACCAGUUUUUUCACGUACGAGGGUGGGCCGCUCUUACAGUUUCACGACGCAAAAGGAGUCAGGUGGGAUGAAAAUGGCCUUGAAACACGGACCGUUAUGGAAUGCCUGAUCGGAAAAGCUGCCUUCAACGCCGUCAUCUCGGAGAUAGAAUGCCUUGAAUCCCUCAUGCCACCAUUGCGUGUGCUACACAUAGAGGCACUUAACCGAGUAUGCCUCAUCGGACCAGAAGACUGUCGGCGGAUAGCCGAAUUCUGGGAGCCCCUAUUAGCCCACAUGAUUGUAUCCGAUAAUGUUAGGGGGGCAGCUUCUCGUUAUUCUGAAUUACACUUUGCAUGCGACUCUCUAUUCAAGAUGAUGAAGUCCCAGCUGAGUUGGAUUGUCGUGGAAAAUGUAAGGAAGACGGGCACUCGGAUAUAUCCAAGUUUUUCGCACUAUUUAACAGAAUUGGCAAAUUCGGAGGGCCCACCACAUGUGCGCGGGCAUACUACAAUGCCACUUGCUUCCAUCGACCGUCAUCUUAUAUGGGGGCCUGUCCUUGCGAUGGAAAAUGGACAGCGACAUCGUGCUGAAAGUGAUUACCGAAAUCAUCGCCUUGUUGUUACGAGGGUCAGGCCAUAAGUCCACCGAAACCCGCGUAGAGAUUUUCUAAUACAACUUCUGCACAAAAUUACGAUAUUUUUUCUCGAAAUCACUGGAAACAAACCUACGUGCCCAUCGAUACGAUCGAUGGUUCGGGGAAGCAGGCGACAAGAGACAACACCACAGUUUGUGUCUGGGGUAAAGUGUGGUUACCUACUCCACCAAGAGCCGUAGCAUUCCAUCAAAUCGUGACCAAAGAAAUGGA